UUAAUCCCAGAGUCCGGAAGAAGUUCACCCGUAUAAUUUCGCAUCAUUUAGAAGAUAAAAGCCCUUUAUCUGUGUUCAAAUAGAUAACAUUUUUCGUACUUGUCCUUGACCUUGGACAUAACAAACUAAAAACAAACUCCAUCAAAAUUAUAAAACAUCCACACCUCACUAAAUUCAUUCCAGUGUCUACCUAGUAGCAGCUAUGAGAUCACUACUUCCGUUUGUGUUAGCAUCCGUUCUCGUACUCCAGGUUCGUUCCGCCAAACAGGAACUUCCAGGAACUCUUAUAUCUGCAUUGGAUACCGGUAUUUCAACGGCCGCUUCUCGUACUACAUGCGAUGGAGAGAACUUCUACAGCACUUGCAGCGACUGCAACACUAUUCUGGGCUGUAUUGGUCCCAUUUCGGACGCCAGAGAUUGCACAACAAUUGCCCCUGGUAAGCCGUACUGCGUGAAUGGAGCUUGUUCCGCUGUUCGUUCAAGCAAUGGUGACUGCUCGACAUCAUCGUUCACGUGUACCAAUGCUGGGUAUUUCCCAGAUCCUUUCAACUGCGUCAUUUACCAUUACUGCGACAAGGCGCUCGAACCUUCCACCAUCUACCAGUGUCCUCCAAGGUACGUUUUAUAA